AUGAGUUCUUGGGUGGCUAUGUUCUUCUUUGUGCCCAUUUUUUGGGAGGUUGGUGCAUGUCUGACCAUUUCUUCAUCGCUGGACCCAGAGCCAAGACUCCAGGAGGGCACACCAUCCUAUGAUUGUCCAUCCUGCUCUUUGUCGCAGAUCAAGAUAAACUCGUCUUGGUCCAGGGGUCAGAGUGACAUGGUGGAAGCAGUGAAGCGUCACAUCCUGAACAUGCUGCACUUGAGUGCCCGGCCCAACCUGACACAGCCAGUUCCUCAAGCUGCCUUGCUCAAUGCCAUCAAAAAACUUCACGUUGGUCAUGUGGCAGAAGACGGCAGUGUAGAGAUCCAGGAGAAGAGUUCAGGCUCAAGGGACUCGGCUGCAUCUGAACCUUCUGAAAUCAUCGCCUUUGGGGAGCCAGGGAACUCUCCGAACUCUGUGACCUUUGACAUCCUGAUGGACGGUGGUUCUGCAGUGGUGGAACAGGCGACAAUGUGGAUCUUCCUGAAGAUAUUAAAGAUAAACCGGGUCAAAGGAAAAGUGAUGCUUCAGCUGCUGCAGACACUUUCAAACGAUGAGUGUAUUUCAGAGAAGAUGGUGGAUGUCCAUCGCAGUGGCUGGCACACGCUUAACGUUACACGCAGCGUUCAGAUGCUGCUGGACAGUGGAAGUGGCUCACUCAGCCUUCGAGUGUCCUGUCUGUUGUGUACUGAGGUCGGAGCUUCACCCAUUUUGGCGCCUGCCAUUAGUGAAAAAUCACAGAGGCAGGAUCAGUCUCACUGGCCGUUCCUUAUGGUGAUGCUUCAAGCCGAAGAAAAAGAGUCUCAGCGGCGAGUCAAGCGAGGUCUGGAAUGCAACAGCAAGAUCCACAUCUGCUGCAAGAAACAGUUUUACGUGAACUUCAAAGAUAUAGGCUGGAGUGACUGGAUUAUAGCUCCAUCUGGAUACCAUGCCAACUACUGCAAUGGUGACUGUCCCAACCAUGGCAGCUUGUCACUUUCCUUCCACUCGGCGGUAAUCAAUCAUUACCGCAUGAGGGGCUACAGUCCGUUCCAGAACACCAAGUCUUGCUGUGUGCCAACACGGCUUCGGGCCAUGUCCAUGCUCUACUACAAUGAGGAGCAAAAGAUCAUCAAGAAGGAUGUCCAGAACAUGAUCGUGGACGAGUGCGGCUGCUCAUAAAAAGCUUCUCUAAAGAAAAAAAAACUUGC